UCGCGCAAACCGAUUCAAAUCGCGAAAUCUAAAUCUCCAAUGGCUUGCCUAGCGGUAGGCCGUUAUUCAUCAGGCUCUCAGCCCUGCUACAAUGAAUCAACUUUGUAGACAGUCAGUCGAUCAUCCGAGAACGAUUCGUACCACUGGAUCUGAUCACUUCCCUAAAAAUGCGUCGGACUUUGCAGCGUUUGAAUGAAGUCAUUCAGCAUCGCCUGGUGUCAGAGAAUUUGCUGCCUCGACAGCGGAAGUUCAUCGAAAAUGGUCAACUUAAUUUAGGGCCAGAUUAUCAAUAAUCCGGCUGACUUGGCACACGCAGACGAUUCUUUUGAUGUGACUGUUUAGACGGUAUUCACGUCGACGAGUACAGCCUCGAAACCAAAGCAACGGAAUGAUGACGGUAACGGUUUCCUUGAUUGACACUAAUGGUAGACCUGGCCGAACACGCCAUUUAAUUCGGAUUAUUGUCGGUGCGAAAAGAUGGGAACGGCUAACUUUGGUUUCCAUGCAGAUUCAUCGGAUCGAACAAAUCAGCGUGCAUUUGGUUAACAUGGACAGCCAAACACAGAAGUGGGCAAUGCCUCGGGCACCGGAGACACCGGAUAAAGACAAGCCGCAGGUAUUCACUUCCAGUUGCAUUAGGUCCCGGCUUCGUACAUCCAGGUGGUCCACCGAGUUACAACGAGCGGAAUAUUGGCAGCAUCAACGACCACCAUUGUCCCGGGAAAGGAUGGAAAGCCAAAAAUAUAUCCUAGACUCAUGGUAAUAUACCAAAUUAAUUGAAAAGCUCCAAUGUUUCUUAAUCUGCACGGCUGAACCAUUAUAUUAACAAUAGCAAUCAUUUCUUGUUUUUAGUUAAAAUAAUAAAAAUUAUACUUUUA